AUGACCCGUAAUCAGCGUGGUCUAGUAGAAACGUGUUUUGAGGAGGGUCAAUACGAGUCUGGUAUCGCAGUGCUCGAACAGCUAAGGUCCAAAAACUUUAAGCCGCCGGUGUCUCUCGUACGUCAGCUCUUAUACAUCGCGCUGUAUCCCCCGCCACCAUCCCUUGAUCAUGUGGAAGAACGCGAUCUCAAUUCUGCUUCGCCAUCAAAAGGCUCCCCUACAAAAACAAAGCACCAGGCACCAAAAAUGAUCUUUGCUCCUUCAAUCAAUGCAUCAGAAGCUGCGCAACGCUUGCUAUUAUCUUUCGUUAGAACAAAUACACCUACAUCUCUUUUCCAGGCUUUGCCACAACCGGGCAAGAGCGACGAAUUACCAUUCGAAGGUGAUGAUCACGACUCUGUUGUAGCAAAGGAGUCCUUGUGCAUUAAGGACGCGAAGCACUGCUGGGCAAUACUCAAGGAGGGUUUCGUACCGCGAAUAAAAAUCUCUCAGCCGUCCCUAUUAGCAGGGAAGAAGAAACGCGGAAAACUCAUUGCUAAUACUGAAGAGUAUGUAGAGGAAAAAUACAGCAAUUCUGUUCUCGCCCCUGUUGCAGAGCAUGGCUGGUUAGUCUUGCAGUGGCUGGUCGAGCUUUUUCAGCGGGACGAAUCUUUGGCAUCUGGGGAUGGUUCAGCGAAGCAUUCACCAUUGUUGUUGUUGCAGAUUCCCUCGCCAAGAAGUGGUACUGGUCUUCGGUGGGAAGCUGAUGCACCCCUGGAUAUCGUGUUCUAUUGUGUUUCGCAAGGUCAACCGCAGCGACGACAGCUGGGUCUUGAACUGAUGGCUUUGCUCAUCGGGAUUUGUCUAACAGCAGAAUUUGAUUUCAACAUGUUUCUUGAACAAGUCACGUCACGAUUAUACUCAGCCUCCCCAGAGAUUGUCCAGACUUUCAUGUCCGGCUUUCAUCUGUCACGUUCAGCACAACUGUUCAAACUAGCGCUCUGCCGCAAAUUCCUUUCCGAUGAAUCGGGUGGGAGAAACCCAUCCAGCCGUCGCCCCAAGCCACAAGCGCGAGCUGUGAGAGCAGCGCGAGGCAAUGCCGCUGCGAGAGAGCAGAAUAUGUCAUCCACCAGUGCAAAUGACUCGUCAGCCUCCUUUUCCGCGAGUAAAAUUUCUAUGCCUCCUAGCGGUGAUAUCGUCCACCUUCUUACGGGGCCUAACGGACGCACUUCUCCUGCAAUUAUAACUGUGAAAAAGGAGCUUCUUAUUUCGUAUGCCUACCUGCAGCAGACCGCGGAACAACGGGAUGUGGAAUGGCAGCAAUUAGCAACAGAUGGGCGUCUCGAAGACCAAGUCAAUUCGGUGUUUGGUGGAGAGAGCUAUGCUCAGCAAGACAGAGAUGCUCUAAUUAGUCUUGUGAGAGUCUGGGCCAUGAACUAA